AUGGAGGAGAUGACAUUGGAUUUGAAGGAAUAUGAGUUGAAGAAGAACAGUAUGAGAAACAUGUACGAGAGCUUGCACUCCCAAGCAUCUUCCAUGCUAGUCUUCACCCUUCAAUGGAAGGAUCUCGAGAAACACUUGGAUUCGAUCUGGGAAGCAAGCCAGACCCGAUUCGAAGCGCUCCAUGAACGAGAGAAGCAGCUGGAUGCCAAAGAGUUAAGGAUAGAGUCCAAAGCAAAUGAGUUCCAGGAACGAGAGAAGCAGUUGGAGGCCAAAGAGUUAAAGGUGCAGUCCAAAGUGAAUGAGUUGCUUGGACUCGAAAAGAUGAUUGAGGAGAAACAAAAAGACGCUAUAGACAGCAAGAACUACUUGAAUUCGCUCCAAUCAUCAAUCAAACAGCAUACCGAAUUGCUUGGAGAGAAGGAAAAACAAAUGGAGAAACGAAUUCAAGAAUUGAAUGGGGUUGAGAGGAAUAUAGAAGAGAAGUUGAACAAAUCUCGUGAGGAACUGAAUCUGAUUGAGAGGACGAUUAUGGAACAGGGUGAUGAAUUUGAUUUGAAAGAAAAGCAAAUUAAAGCCAAACAGAAGAAAUUGAAUUGGAUUGAGUGGAGUAUCGAAGAGAAGUUGAAAUCCACAACUGAGGAGCAGAAGAAAGCAUUUGAUGUGAAACAAGAGCGUGUUAAAGAAGAGCAGAAACUGAGAGAGGAGAGACUGAAAGAGGAGGAGAAGUUGAAAGAGCAUAAGAAAUCAGUAGUGGAAGGCUCUAAGACACUUAAGUCAAGAGAGGAAAUAAAGAGGGAAAUAGAACUGAAAGUGAAAGAUCAUUGCUCGCGUAAGAUAUCACUGGAGGAGUGGUCCUGUAAUCUCGAACGUAAAGAGAAAGAAUUAGAAUUAAAAGAGAAGCAAGUUUUGUUAAAAGCUGAGGAACUUGAUUCGCUUAAUAAAAGAACCCUCAAUGAGUUUCAAAAGCAAUUUAGUUCACUCGAAAGUACAAUACAAGAACGCGAAAAGCAAUUGGAAGCAGACUCCCAGCGACUUAAAGUGAAAGAGAGGCAACUUGAAGUGAAAAGUGAAACACUGGAAAAGUUGCAGCAAGAACGUGAAAAGCAACUUGAAGUACAAUGGAAAAAUUGCAUUACGAACGCGAAAAGCAACUCUAAGCGAAAGAGAGACUGUUGA